UCUGUCUCCCCGGCACACACACACACACACGCACACACUCUGCUUCCAUCUAUCCAUGCUGUUCACUUCAUUGUACUGACCGAGCUCAUCAAUUAGGCAAGAAUUAGGCUGUUUUAGAUGCGAUACUUGUCCCUUUGCGCUUCGAAGAGGAUUUAUAAACCGCGGACAGAGGCGCAGAGAAGUUUCUGAGUGCGGCAAAGAGCGGAGAGAAGCGAAACACAGCCAUGCCCUCAGUGAUGGAGCGCUCGGGGGCCGGGGUCCUGUCCAGGAGCAGAGCCAAGACCGUAACCAACGGCAACAGCCUACCACACUCCGAAGAGGAGAGCAGCGAUGAAGAGCACGCUCACGACAGCAUGAUCAGAGUGGGAGGAGACUACCAGGCUCAGAUACCAGAGUUCAAACCAGACAGUCCAGCCCGCUACAAUGAGAAGGACCAGAGGAGCAUGUUGGUCUGGUGUCCCAACAGUCAACUUUCUGAUGCAAUGUUGGACGAGUACAUCUUCAUGGCUAAAGAGAAACAUGGAUACAACAUGGAGCAGGCUCUGGGCAUGUUACUAUGGCACAAACACGACGUGGAGCGCUCCCUUGCCGACCUGGCGAACUUCACCCCCUUCCCAGAUGAGUGGACAGUGGAGGACAAAGUGCUGUUUGAGCAGGCCUUCAGCUUCCACGGCAAGAGCUUCCACCGCAUCCAGCAGAUGCUUCCUGACAAGCUGAUCUCCAGCCUCGUGAAGUACUACUACAGCUGGAAGAAGACCAGGACCAGGACCUCAGUCAUGGACCGACAGGCCAGGAGGCUGAUCAGCAAGAGAGAGAAAGAAGAUAGUAAUGAUGAGGUAGAGGAAGGAGACCCUGGCAGUGACAGUGACUUUGAGAUUGACACCAAGAAAGAGGCGGUGAAACAAAACCCCAACAACGCCAACUCCGACAAGGCGACCCCCAGUCGCUCUGGGCCGGUGAAGAAGGAGAACCUCGGCGCUCAGUACCGCCACCACCCGCUCAGAGCCCGCCGCAGGCCACCCAAAGGCAUGUACCUGCAGCAGGGAGACAUCAGGUCGGUGUCGGCCUCCCAUGAUUCUGGGGUGCUGACUUUACGGCAGCUGGACACACAGUUGGUGUCACUCAAGAGACAGGUCCAGUCUAUUAAACAGAACAACAGUAGUUUAAAGCAGAGCUUAAAUGAAGGUGUUGACACUUUAAAACCUGCUGAGCCUGUCCCUAAGAUGAACUCUCGUUGGACCUCGGAGGAGCAGCUACUGGCUGUGCAGGCUAUCCGUCGCUACGGUAAAGACUUUGCAGCCAUCGCUGAGGUGAUCGGGACCAAGACACCAGCUCAGGUGAGUUCGUUCUUCGUGAGCUACCGGCGCAGGUUCAACCUGGACGAGGUGCUGAGGGAGUGGGCGGCUGAGCAGGUGGCCACCACCCGAGACCAGAGAGACCCGAGGAGGGGCGGCGAGGACACGGCCGCCGCAACAGAUGGAGCCGCUGGGGACGAGGUCAAGAUGGAGGACUCUCCCUCAGACAUCACCGGUGGCUCCUCUCCUCCCUCCUCCACCCAGACCGCCUCCUCCCUCUCCCAGCCUCCUCCAUUGCUGCGCCCCGCGCCUCCCUCGGCUCCCCCCAGCCUCCUCCGUCAGCCCCCUCCCCUGCAGACGCGUCCGCUCCAGAACCGAGCACCUCACAACCACCCUCCGCCUCCGCUCAUCCGGCCCGCGGUGACCACCUCGUCCUCCUCCACCGGGAGCUCCAGCCUCCGGGCGUCUCCUCCCAGCUCCUCCUCUGCUGCAGGGCAGAUGCCCCCGUCGCUGGUCGGGCUCAAGGUGGAGCAGCCCAACUCUCAUUGAUGUAUAUACACACACACACACACACACGUAUACACGUAUUACUAUAGGAAUAGAAACACACAAAUUAGCAUGAAAACAAACAAUACUUUCUCUUCAUCCUGUAACUCCAUCACUCCUAGUCUUUGUUCGUGGGACCAUCACACGACCACAUACGCUCAGGUCCCCAGGGUGACAUCCCAACUCUUAAAAUCCAGGAAAUG